AUGAAGUUUUCUAUCCACCUUCUUCCUCUCUUCACGGCCCUUACCCUAGCAUCGCCAGUUGAUCUUAGUCGGUCAAAUAUCCACCGGCUCUUCGUACGCCAGGACAUCCAAACACCUGUAAAUGCUUCCCUUCCGAAUGUCACCAUCUUCGCAACCGGUGGGACAAUCGCCUCGCAGGGUAGCAGCAAUACUCAAACUACCGGCUACUCGAUAGGUCUCGGAGUCCAACAACUUGUUGAUGCCGUUCCAGAACUCCUGAACAUCUCGAAUAUCGCCGGCUACCAGAUCUCCAACGUCGGCUCUGGCAGCGUCAAUGAAACCAUCAGCUUGAGCUUGGCGCAUAUGAUCAAUGCUGAGUUGGCCAAGGAGGAAAUCUCUGGUGUUGUAGUAACGCAUGGCACCGAUACGCUCGAGGAGACUGCUUUCUUCUUGGAGAGUACGGUAAACUCCACUAAGCCUGUCAUUGUCGUGGGUGCUAUGAGGCCAGCGACUGCAUUGAGUGCAGAUGGACCGCUCAACUUGUUCCAAGCAGUCACCCUGGCUGGAUCGCCUGCCGGUCGAAAUCGAGGAACGAUGAUCGUCCUCAACGACCGCAUUGGUUCUGCUUUCUACACCACAAAGAACAAUGCCAACACACUGGACACAUUCUUCUCGACUGAAGCAGGGCAACUCGGCGUCUUUAUCAACCAGGUCCCAUACUUCUUCUUCGCACCCUCGGAGCCUGUCGGCCGCGUAGUCUUCGAUGUGACCAAUGUUACGGAUUUGGCGUCCGUACCGAUCCUAUACGCCCACCAGGACAUGGACCCCUCGCUGUUCAACGCGUCUUAUGCUUCCGGUGCUCAGGGCAUCGUCUACGCCGGAGUCGGUGCAGGCGGCGUAUCUGACAAGGCCGCUCUGGCUGCUGAGGAACUUUACAAUGCCACUGGCAUUCCGAUGGUUGCCAGUCACCGGAGUUCAGACGGAAUGGUACCAAACGGUGGCGACUUUACUAUUGCAAGCGGGUUUUACAAUCCGCAGAAGGCAAGGAUCCUGUUGCAACUGGGACUCACCAUGGGCUGGAGCGAGGAGGAGAUCAGAGAGGCUUUCGCGUUGAGCUAUCCUACGCCUUAA